AUGGAGGAGAAGCCUCCCAGCGGCCUGAAGUCCUACCUGGACAAGCUCACCCUGAGGGUGACGCGGAUUUUGGAGACUUCUCCAGGAGUUGCUGAGGUGAUGUUUGUGGAAAAGGAGCCAGCUGAGUGCCAUGCAAUUAUUUCAUGGGAACAGAAAAACUCCUGCAUAUUGCCGGAGGAUUUAAAGAACUUCUAUCUCAUGACUGAUGGCUUCCAGAUGACCUGGAGUGUGAAGACUGAUGAUUCCCCAAUGCCCCUGGGCUCCAUGGUGAUUAACAGUGUCUCAAAGCUUUGUCGGCUUGGGGGUUCCUCCAUGUAUGCCCUGCCUAAUGCACCAUGUCUCGCUGACCUGGAAGAUGACACGGAUGAGGAAGGUGAUAAAGACAAACCCAAGAAGCCACACUUUGAUUCUCGUAGUCUUAUCUUUGAAUUAGAUCCAUGCAACGGAAAUGGGAAAGUUUGUCUUGUUUAUAAGCAUGCUAAACCAGUUGUCUCCCCAGACACAGAGAUAUGGUUCCUGGACAGAGCUCUGUAUUGGCAUUUCCUCACCAAAACCUUCACAGCCUACUACCGCCUGCUCAUCACUCACCUGGGUCUCCCACAGUGGCAGUAUGCCUUCACCAGCUAUGGGGUGAGCCCUCAGGCCAAGCAAUGGUUUAACAUGUAUAAACCUAUAACCAUCAACACAGUUCUCCUCUCUGAAGAAGCUGAUUCCUUUGUGAACAAGCUGGACCCCAACAAGGUAUUUAAAAGCAAGAACAAAACUCCAGUGAUGAAAAAGAAACCACCCUCCCAGUCAGCAGGGGCCCAAAAGAGCCACACUAGCAUGACCUCCUCCAAGACAUCCUUGCUAGUUGGGAAUUCUUCAAAGAAGUGA